AUGGCUUCUCGUGAAGUCAAAGAGCGCGCCCUCCUCGACCGUAUCGAGGAGCUUGAAGCAGAACUACGAGAGAUGAAAGCCCGCUAUGCGGCCCUCGAGACCAAAGCGAGAGGCGAUGCCAAGAAGCUUGCCGACAUCGCAUCCAUCAUUCAAAACGGAUUGCCUGGAAAUUGUGGCGCCAGCGAUGCAGACACCGGGCGUCUAGAGUCCUCGGCCGUUGCGAGCGCGCAUUUGGACGAUGAUGGAGAAUCUGAGGCUACCACUUUUCCCAUUGUACAAAUGCCUGAUGGCUAUGAGGAAGUGGCCUCAAAAACUAUUAGCGCGCGACUCAUGGACAUCGACAGUGAUGAGAUUUGGGAGGCCUCAACCACUUCCGGCGCAGGAACGGAUGAUAACGAGGAUGAGCCCAAGGGUACUGCAAACUAG